AUGGAGAAAUCACCGGCAUACAACUACAACUACAACAACAACAACAACAACAACAACGGGGGCAUGGGAAUGGACACGGGCAUCACUGGCGGCACCUCCUCCUCCUCUGCCAACCCUAUGCAACAACCUGCGUACACCGACAACACCAAACCCCACACCAACGACUACUACGCCGCCCCUCCUACCUCGUCUUCCGCAGGCGUAGGCGCAGGAGCAACACCAACAACCCACCCCGUGGGUAUGGACCACACAAACCGUGACUCGAUGGCAUCCACCGCCGUACCCCCAGCUACCACCAGGACGAGUUCAUCAAGUUUCACAGGAAGUGACGUCAUCCUCCUCAUCAUGGCCAUCUUCCUCCCCCCGGUGGCGGUCUUCUUGAAGAGGGGAUGUGAUGCGCAUUUUUUUAUCAACAUCCUGCUCACGAUCUUGGCGUGGUUGCCGGGCAUGAUUCAUGCUUUUUAUGUUGUGGUGAGGUACCCUGGUGAUUUGGGGGAUCGGAGGGCGAGGAAGGGGGAGGGGAAGAGGGGUAUUUGA